UCGAAACAAUGACAAAUGGUAACAAAAUCUCAAAAAAACAGUCUAUCAAUACCGUUCUUCUUAGCGGGUUCCCUUCUAUUAACAACAAGGCUAUUAUUUUCUAUUUUGCUAAAAAUAAUUCGUAAAAUAGUCGAAUGUCACGAAAAUUUUCACAUGCGUUGCCUUUUAACCUUGAAUAAUACAUCGACCGAUUUCAUUACGUUUCGCACGAGUAUCGAAUCGGUGUUGUCUCUAUCUAGGAGAUUAUUACGUGGUCUGCGUUUGACAUCUGCGCAUUUCUCACGCUCAUUCGGAGGAAAAAUCAAAACAAUCAAUAUGGCGGAUCCGAACAACGAGGCUGCAUCGUCGAGUAGCGUUUCGGAGCAGGCCCCGUCGGCCACCCCGAUUCGCGACGAUCUCGAAAAAAUCGAGGACUUCCUUGAGCCUGAUAAAAAGCGUCGCAAACUGUCACGGAACGAUGGGAAAACCGAACAAAAGUUGGAACACCGUUUGGGCGGCAUCCUCUGCUGCGCAGUUUGUCUCGAUUUACCCAAGGCAGCCGUUUAUCAGUGUACAAAUGGACACUUGAUGUGUGCCGGUUGCUUCACUCAUGUCCUCGCAGAUGCCAGGCUAAGAGAUGAAAUGGCAACAUGUCCCAACUGCAGAAUCGAGAUCAGCAGAACAUCUCCAUCUCGAAAUUUGGCAGUUGAGAAAGCAGUAUCUGAGUUACCAGCAGAAUGUCAAUAUUGUGCAAAGGAGUUCCCAAGGAAUUCCUUGGAACGUCAUGAAGAGACUAUGUGCGAAGAAAGAAUAUCCAGUUGCAAAUACAGUAGAAUUGGCUGCCCAUGGCGUGGACCAAAUCACGAACGUCCAGAACACGAGGCACAUUGUGUACAUCCACAUCGUUCAGGGCUGGAUGUAAUGGAUGCCCUGCGCGAUAUCGAUGCCCGUACCCUUGAAGAACGUAGGCUGUAUGACAAUGUCUUUGAUCUUUUGUCGUACGAGAAAAUCACAUUCAACGAUUUACAAAUGAAGCCAUAUCGUACAGAUGAAUUUGUCCAUAAAUUGUUUUACGAAACUUCUCGUUUUACGGCGUUUAAUAAUCAAUGGGUUGUUAAAGCGAGGAUCAAUAACAGUCAACGUGAUCCUACUCAGAGUUCAGAAAGAGACAUGACUUAUCAAUUGAUUUUAAAAUCAAAGACAACGUAUCCACUACCACUUCAUUAUUUGAUAUUAAAAGGACCUUUUGGGGACAUGAAAGUACAACCAAGAAUACACAAAUUUGAGUUCACUGACCAGGAAAUCGAAAGUCCUUACUUACCUUUACCCUUACCUGAUACGGCAGAGUGCAAUAGACUUCUCGCUGCAAGAGCUAUUAGUUUCAGACUAAUAAUGUUCCUGGCAUCUAAGUAGCUCGACACAAUUACUGUCAAGAUUUUAUGGAAAAUGAAUUAUAAUUGACACAACUUUUUAGAUUUAACAGUGAUAAGAACAUAGAUGACACAGAGGUUUAUAACCAAUUACUAGUAGUGUUUAACCGUAAUGAUAAUAAAGAUAAAGAUGCUAAUUCUGCUGUAGUCUAUACACAUAUUACAUUCAGAGAAAAGUUUCACUACGUUGAAACCGCGAAUAGAUUGACACAGAGGAAAUAGAAAAAGUAAUUUGCAGAUACUUAAAAAAGGGCAAUGUCUAAUUUCGUUUUUUCUAAUCUCUUUCAGAAAAUUUUUAUUUUUUUUUUUAAUUAACUCUUCCAAUUUACUGGAGCUUUAUGUAGAUCAUUGUUGUUAGACAAGUGUAUUAAAUUGCGCCGAUACUGGUAAGUAGAACUGUUUGACAAACAGAAUAGAAAAGAUAUGAUUUUUCGCGUAGCGAUGUCGAUCGAAGCGAACAAUUUAAUGCACAUGCCUGUCGACAAAAGCCUAUUACAGAUUCUUCUAUUUACAUAUAAAUUAAAUGUUAUUGAUGUAAACAUCCCAAAUUGAUAUACUGUAAUAGAAAAGAAUUAAAUAAAUUUAUUAUAAUUACAA